GCAGACCGGAGCCACCAACUCCCCGUCAUGGCGCUGUGGAUGUACGGCUUCUUGGUGGUUUCUGCGGAGCUUUCUGGCCAGAAUGCCACUGUCCAUGGCCGGAACCUUGAGGAGUAUGUAAACUGCGGUGUUUGCAAGGCUGUUCCUCUAUCUACUUGCGACUGGUGUGACGGCACUGGGGGCAAGGCACAGAUAUCCACUAAGAAACCGGAGUUGCCCCCAAACAGCCAGCAACAAGGACCUAAGGAGGAUAUUUUUGCCAUUGGUGUUGGGGUGCUGAUGCUUUUGUCCUGCGGUGCGUUUCUUGCUUGGUGCCUGUGGAAGCGCCACCAAGAGAAGAAAAAUGUGGACGGAGCCAAUCCAGAUUUGGAACUCCAACCUGCACCUGGACCAGGCCAAAUCUUUCCACCAAGACAGCCCUCACCGGUGCAAUGUUCAGGCCAGAUCUCAGCCCAAUGGCCCCGCAGAAAAGUCGCAUUUUUCAACGUUGAGUCCGGGGCCUUCGAAGCCUUUGGACAUCGGUAUUCGAUUGAGCACCCAGAUGAGCCACAGCUGACCAAGUUCCAUUGGGCGGAUGGAACUUUGCAGACCUUGGUCCGUAGCCAUCGGAACACUAUUGAGUGGCAGACAAAUCAUUCGAAUCCUGAGUGGCAACGCUUCCUUUGGGUGUGUACUCCUGCGUGCACCCGUGGUUCUACAUCACAUGGGAUGGAAUUCUCCGCGACCAGCUACAAGUGCUCUGUUUGCAAGUCAUCCGGGAACGAAAAGCACUGGCAGUGCGCCGAGCACAAUGUCCAUUUCUGCUGCAAUUGUGCAGUGCCGCCUCUGAAGCCGCCUACUCUUGGAGUUUCCGCCAGAUACGCCGUGGAUGUUUUUCCACCUCUUGCCCGAAGUGCCACUGGCGCACUGAACCCCGACUUCUACGCGAUUUGCCCACGCUUAGCCUUGGGAGAGCACGGUUUGGGUUUCAGGAAGACUUGUCCAAGAGACGGUCGACCCAACUGCAGCCUGGUGGACGCCCUGGAAGACCAGUACAGUGGCAAAGUGACCCACUUCGUCUCCUGGUGCUGGGGCUACAGGCUCCAAGACUUUGUGAGUGCGGUCAGCAUCUGGCUACGGAGGACUCAACUGAAUUCUGACGAUGUCUUCCUUUGGGUUUGCUUCUUUUGCAACAACCAGUAUAGGAUCAUGGACGAGGGCACCAAGACAGGAAGUGACGAGUUGAAAGCUGUCUUCGAAACGCAUUUGGCUGAAGCUGGACAAAUGUUUUUUGAUGGCAAGCAGACUGACAAAUUGGCUUUGUCUGUGCUUGCGGAGCAGCGUGAGCACCUGUUUUACUUGGGCUAA